ACAGGACAGGACAGCCCGCCACCGCCUCCUCACGGCCGCCAACUUCCUGCUCGCCUCCCCCUGGAACAGCUGCCCCUGCGGUGGCCCGCAAGCCCGUCCCUCUUCGCCUGCCCCGCCGCGCUCGGCCUCUCCCGCCGCCGCGCUUGCGGACUGCAGAGCAGGCGAGGCGGCGCCGGCCGGAGGGGCGUCAUGAUGUGGCGGUGGGUGCUGCCCGAGCCCCUGAGCGCGGCGCAGCUGAGGCGCCUGGAGCAGCACCGCUAUAGCGCGUCCGGGCGCUCGCUGCUGGAGCCGCCGCUGCAGCUGUACUGGGCCUGGCUGGUGGAGCGCGUCCCCACUUGGCUGGCCCCCAACGCCAUCACCCUUGGCGGCUUCGUCGCCAACGUCCUCCCGCUCCUCCUGCUCAUCUUCUACUGCCCCAGCGCCACCGAGGAGGCUCCUUCUUGGGUAUUUAUUUUAUGUGCAUUAGGACUCUUUAUCUACCAGUCACUGGAUGCUAUUGAUGGGAAGCAAGCCAGAAGAACCAAUAGCAGCUCUCCUUUGGGUGAACUCUUUGACCAUGGCUGUGACUCUGUUUGCGCAGUUUUCAUUGGUAUUGGAACCUGCUUAGCAGUUCGGCUAGGAACAAGUCCAGACUGGCUGUUUUUCUGUACCUUUAUUGCAAGUUUCCUGUUUUAUUGUGCUCACUGGCAAACCUAUGUAUCGGGCAUGCUAAAGUUUGGGAAAUUUGAUGUAUCUGAAGUACAGAUAGCAGUAAUUAUACUCUUUUUGUUAUCUGCGUUUGGUGGAACAACAAUGUGGGACAACCAGAUUCCUGUGCUGGACGUAAGAUUGAAGAUGAUUCCUGUGGCUGGGAUAGUGUUUGGAGCAAUAAAUUCCAGUUACAAUUAUUUCAGAGUAAUCUUUGGAGGAGGAGUUGGGAAGAAUGGAUCCACAAUAGCAGGAACAAGUGUUUUGUCACCUGGCCUCCAUAUAGGAUUAAUUAUUACUUUGGCAAUAAUGAUCUACAAGAAGUCCACAACACAACUUUUUGAAAAACAUCCUUGCCUCUAUGCCUUAACAUUUGGAUUUGUGAGUGCCAAGAUCACACAAAAACUGGUGAUAGCACAUAUGACAAAAAGUGAAAUCUUCUUACAAGACACUGCAUUUAUUGGACCAGGCCUCCUAUUUCUAGACCAGUAUUUCAACAGUUUUAUUGAUGAAUAUAUAAUUCUGUGGAUAGCAAUGUUCAUAUCUUUGCUUGAUUUGCUGAGAUAUUCCAUUGGGGUAUGCAUACAGAUUGCUGCACACCUUCGCAUACAGGUCUUCAAAAUCCCAUCUCAUCAAGCUCCUGAACAGGUUCAAAACCAUAAUGAGUGACUUGUAGCUGAGGUUCAAGUUGUUUCUCCAUUGAGCCAUCAGAAUAACAUGGACUGAAGAGACUUGCGAACAGUUGCCAUCUCUUGCUGUUGCUGUCAUAAGAAAAGGAAAAAUAGUGAUUAAGUGUAAUAUUCUGUAACAUAGUUUUAAUUCACUGAACAAAAUGAUGAAUAUUUAAUUUUCUAUUUAAAUGCUCUAUUUUAAAAUGUGUAAUUGAAUUCUUCAUAAAUCAGUGUUAACACUUACAGUGUCCAUCAUAAUUUUCUUUUGCAACAUAGCCAUUUCUUUGCGAAGUUCAUUUUGUGCACCUGUUAAAAGGUUUUCAUGAGUCUUCUCCAUGUCUUCCAUACUCUAAAAGCAGAUAUCAACUUCAAUUUAUCAUUUGUUUAUACUGAGAAAUUCACUUGUCUUUAAGUCAAGUGGGACACCUAAAUCAGCAUAGCAACAACCAAGAAUUUCUAUGUUAGCAAGUAAUAGUCUUAACAUGUGCCAGAACUUCAGAUGUAUCUUUCUGUGGCCUAUUACACUGAUAGUAUGACAUUCUAAUAGAACUGGUAAGUUACUUCAGGAUGUGACAGCCAGAAGAAUGACAGUCUACAGCAGUAGAGCAUUCAACAGACAGAAAACAGUGGACGUUAUGCCAACAUUUUAUAAUUACAAGUCAAAAAAUACAGUAGUAGCUUGUAACUGAAAGGGAAGAUGUGCCAGACUAGAUGCUACUGGAUAUGGCAGUACAUGCCAUGCAUAUCUUCAGCAUCAGGUUGUUUGACCUUACUGCUGUCCUUCCAGGGCUGAACUCUUUAUCAGAAGAUGUACACAUUAAACUGACAAUAAUAGUGUGUUCUUAAGGAUGGACAUAAUCAGGGCUCAUUUGGAGGGGGAACACCCCGGAACGGCAUUCCAGAAAAGAGAUCAUGUGGGUUUUGGCCCCGUCCACAUGAUUCCUUUUCCUCCCCACUGCCCAUGUCUUUAGCAGCAGGCAGCACCACCACCACUACCACUCCGCAUCACCGCCUCCUGGAUUCUCUGGUAGGAACCCGGGGCAGGGCGGGGCGGUGUCCGCGCAGCCCGUCCUCCAGGCCUGCAAGCGGUGAGGGCUUUCCAAAGCAGGAUAAGCUGCUUUCAGUUCAUUCUGCUUUAUUUUCAUUUGUGACUUGUGAGUGCAAGCUGGGCUGCAGGGGCUGACCCUCCGGAGGAGGGAAAGCUGCUUUGAUUUCAUUCUGCUUUAUUUUCAGGAAAUACCUGGAGAUUUUUGGGGAAAGGGGCCUGAGGGGUGGGUGUUGCCUUCUGACACACUUCCGGUGACAUAUGCAAAUCAGUUAUGCCAAUGACACACUUCUGGUGAUGACAAGGGGCGUGACAUAUGCUAAUGAGUUCCUGCAGUUCUUUUUUUACGAAAUGAUCCCUGGACAUAAUGAAGCUGAUUGUGUUACAGUACCAUUUGGUGUUAAAACAAAAUGCAUAUAUUUUAUUGACCUUUAAGAAUUGUUCAUACAGCUGUUUAAUAGUCUUCAGUCUUUGACUCUGAACUAUUCUUGCUUGUUGGAAUACCUUUUGUUGUUGCCGAAACACAUUCUAAAGCAAAAAAAAAAACCCAUUGUGUAAUAUAGUCACUUAUACUGUUGACAACUGUAAACCUUGUCUAAUUAAAGAUCAAAACUACUUUUAGAA